GUCGCUGGUAGGUGUAAAGGCCCAGCAAAAUACAGCUGAGGCAGGAUUUAUGCAUUUGUUGAGUUGGAGGUACAAGACUGAGAAAAAUCUUGUGAAUGAAAUGACGAUGCAGAUAAGAGUCAAAGCCCGCCAAUUUCGAGACCUCGAAAGCCCCUGCCGACGACCGCUAUCUUCGCCGCCGGGCUGGUAGUAAUGGACUUCAAUUCAUCCGACGCCGCUCUCUGGAGAGAAGCCCUCGGUUACUACGAAGCCGUAAUAAAAACCCUUGGGAAACCGGACAUCAUUUCCCUUGAUGAUUUCUACCGCAAAGAGCUACCAAAUCUCCUCCACCAACGAGACCCUAAUCCCUACAUCACCACCGAUGAGCUCUCUAGACUCAUGCAGUGGAAGCUCGCCCGCGGCAAGUGGCGCCCGCGCUUAUUAUCCUUCGUUUCCUCCUUAGACGACGUCGUGGUGCGGGACACCUCUGCGAAGGCCUUUGCUUCCUUGCCUGAUGUUUCGAAGGCCAUCACAGAGUUAACCGUCUUAAAGGGCGUGGGUCCAGCCACCGCCUCCGCUGUCCUCGCCGCCUAUGCGCCGGAUGUCGCGCCGUUUAUGUCCGAUGAGGCAACGGUGGCUGUGGUUGGGGACUCGAAGGAUUAUUCGUUGAAGCGGUAUAUGGUGUUUGUGGAGAAGAUGCAAGCCAAGGCAAAGGAACUAUCUACAUUGGAGGAUCAAUUCACACCGUCAGAUGUUGAAAGGGCUUUGUGGAGUUCCACCGUAGGUGCCAAAAUGAGAACCAUUUCAACGAAGCCAGACAAAGUUGAUAAGGAAAAGAAGUCCCAGAGAAAGAGAAAACGAUAGAUCAGGGUGAAUACUUGGUUUAACCCUGUGUAGAUCCUCUAUUUACUCUGUAACUAUAUCCGACUAUCCUACUCUUGUAUCCUUCUGUGAGGGGACGAGCCUGCUAGUUUUGGUCCUCAGUGUUUCUUAACUCCGCUGCCUUGCCUUGUCUAUAUCUAUGUCUAAUGCUGAUGCAGUAGAACAGAUGAGCGAUUCCUCCCAUCAUGAAUCCGUUUCCAGCAGUGAUGCACA